AAGUCGCCUUAAUGGUUUAAUAGCCUUAGCCUACUAUCGAUGUGCCAUAUUUAUUUUGUGAGCAACCGCAAGCCCUGCUUUCAUUUGGACGCUUUUGGAGUCUGCUUAGAGAUGACAAUACACUAGAAAGUGUAUUUUAUUGUAUGAAGUAUUGGUUCCAUUUUUUUCUUAUAACGGAAUAUAGCCUAGGCAUCUUGUAUGAGAUGAAAACAGUUUCAGAGAGCGAAAUACGUUCAUUGGUUUUGGUCACAAUACGAAGAAACGAUGUCGCAUUAUUGUGAGGCUCUUCAUCGUUUGGAAAUCUCUUUUUGAAUGGGACGCUUAAGAGUGGCUCAUAAGAUGUUUGCAACUUCUUCACCAACAAGCUGAGACUCAGCCAUCAAACAGUAGAAUGUGUCCAGUUGUGCCACAACCACUGUGUGUGUCUAUUGACGGGCACUUACAUGGCUUUAGGGUUACCUUGGCAUUCCUUCUGUCCAUGUGUCUGUCCCGUAUGACGUUCACGGCCGCCUGCCCACCACCCUGCCUGUGUGCCAGCGACAUCGUCUACUGCAGUGGUCUCAAUCUGUCAACCAUUCCCCCUAACCUCCCUGGCUAUGUCACCCGAUUGGACCUCAGUCACAAUGUCCUAUCUGCUCUGCUUUUGGAUUGGCCAGACCGGUGUCUGGACAGGCUGACCACGCUGGUCCUCAGUCAAAACGCCAUUACCCAUCUGGCACCGGACACCUUCGCCCCCACCCCUCACCUUCGCCACCUGGACCUCUCGUCCAAUGGGCUGUCUCGGCUCAACGCAUCUGCCUUCCAUGGGCUCGGGGAACUUGAAGUGCUGCUUCUGUUUGGAAACCGUAUCAGUCAGACCAUGGCGGGAGCCUUCCAGGGGCUGAGCAGCCUGGAAAGGCUGUAUCUGGGCGGGAACAGACUGACUGCCUUCCCCCUGGAGCUCUACCAGCGAGAUGGGGCUCUGCCAUGUCUGCGUUUCCUGGAUUUGUCGAUGAACAUGGUGAGGCAGGUGCCCGUGCAGAGCCUACUCUCUCUGGCCACCUGGCAGCAGGGUGGAAUCUAUUUGCAUGGGAACCCGUUGGUGUGUGACUGUGCCCUGCGUGCCAUGCUGGAGUACUGGGAGAGGAGGCAGUACCGUACCCUACUAGACUUCAGGGAGGAUUAUCCAUGCAGCCUGGGUCAGGAGGAGUGGCUGAAUUGUUCUGCUAGCCCUCAUGGUGGGUUCCAUGGAACUGUAGAAGUGUCUUACCAGGUAGAGCCUGGCGAUUGGCUCAUGGUGCCGUGCCCUGGCGUUUCUCUCCCCCUCCGGGAAGGGUUGAUGGUGUUCUGGGUGACCCCGGGAGAUGGAUCCCCGGCACUGGGCGUAACAGACGGUCAGAGCAGCCGCCUCACGGUCCUCACCAACGGUACCCUGGAGAUCCGAGGGGCUCUCCGGGAGGAUUCAGGGACUUACUCAUGCGUGGCAGUCCGCGGUCGACACCGGAGCUCCAACGAGACUUUGGAGGUCACCGUCUCUGUAGGUAACCCCAGCGGACUGGCCAAGAGCGGGGAGGAACGUAGCAGCGGCGGGGAGCAUUUUAACACGGCAUUUACCACGCUGGCAUCCUGUGUGGUCAGCAUCGUCCUGGUGCUCCUCUACCUGUACCUCACUCCCUGCCGUUGCCAUGGUGGAAAGGCCGGGGGCGUUGGUGGGUGCGGCGGGAGAGCCAUGCUCCUCUGUGCAGACCCCAGAGAGGCGGAGCUCGCAGACAGAAGGGUCACCGGUGGAAAGAGGGUGGCCUUCCUCGAAACAGGGGACGAGCACCCCCACAAAUGCAGCGCCAAGCACCCAGUAAUGGAUGCUGCAGCCAUAGAGGGCAUUUUGAAGAACGGAAGCAGGGCCUUGGAGCAGGUCCUCGAAGAACACGUUGCGUAGCAUUCAGGGUGUGUCCUUCAAGCUCCACCAGGCUUUCACUGGACUAGACUACACCAUGCAAAAUGGACUGUUUGUAACAUGGUUCUCAAAAUGCCAAAUAUUGAAACCUCGCAUUGAGAAUCCAUACAUGAAAGAAGUUUUAACACCUGUUAUUUCACAACAGUGAUCAGACUGCUUUUUAAUGUUAUACCUACUGUGUGGAUAGAUAUGGAAACAGUAGUUGGUUUCUUUAUGUCAAAGUUUUAUAUAUAUGAACUUGCAGAUAAAGAAAUAGUUCAAAACAAAAUCCAUUCUGUGAAACACCUGUGUGAAAUGCUUUAUGUAGGCAUUCAUGGAUCUAUGAUGUUAUUUCAGGAUACACAUGGUAUACACUGUCCAUCCAAAUAAUUACUUGCAGGUUCCUAGUCUGUCAUAAGGUGCCAUGCGCUAUUAUGAAUGAUCAUAACAGGGCGAACACUGACUGUACAUGUAUUCUUAAUGUAUUAUAUGCAGGUUGAAUGGAUGCAUUCAGACAAAGAUGCCAAAGUCAACCCUGAUCAGUGUCUGGGGACUAGCCAGCUCUAGCCCCAAGCCUCCCAUGACCUAUAUACUAUUGUUGUUCUCGGUUAUUUUUGCAGGUGUGACUGUGAAUAGAGUUUUUCAAGGUAAGGAAGGGGACAUAUUUACUCUAGGGGACAUAUUUAACUACAGUAGGUUCCCAUUCCCACCCCCACUGACAGUUCUCUAGGGGACAUAUUUAACUACAGUAGGUUCCCACCCUCACUGACAGUUCUCCAGGGGACAUAUUUAACUACAGUAGGUUCCCACCCUCACUGACAGUUCUCUAGGGGACAUAUUUAACUACAGUAGGUUCCCACUCCCACCCUCACUGACAGUUCUCUAGGGGACAUAUUUAACUACAGUAGGUUCCCACCCUCACUGACAGUUCUCUAGGGGACAUAUUUAACUACAGUAGGUUCCCACUCCCACCCUCACUGACAGUUCUCUAGGGGACAUAUUUAACUACAGUAGGUUCCCACUCCCACCCCCACUGACAGUUCUCUAGGGGACAUAUUUAACUACAGUAGGUUACCACUCCCACCCCCACUGACAGUUCUCUAGGGGACAUAUUUAACUACAGUAGGUUCCCACUCCCACCCUCACUGACAGUUCUCUAGGGGACAUAUUUAACUACAGUAGGUUCCCACUCCCACUGACAGUUCUCUAGGGGACAUAUUUAACUACAGUAGGUUCCCACCCUCACUGACAGUUCUCUAGGGGACAUAUUUAACUACAGUAGGUUCCCACUCCCACCCUCACUGACAGUUCUCUAGGGGACAUAUUUAACUACAGUAGGUUCCCACCCCCACUGACAGUUCUCUAGGGGACAUAUUUAACUACAGUAGGUUCCCACUCCCACCCUCACUGACAGUUCUCUUGGGGACAUAUUUAACUACAGUAGGUUCCCACUCCCACCCUCACUGACAGUUCUCUAGGGGACAUAUUUAACUACAGUAGGUUCCCACUCCCACCCUCACUGACAGUUCUCUAGGGGACAUAUUUAACUACAGUAGGUUCCCACCCCCACUGACAGUACUAGGGGACAUAUUUAACUAAAGUAGGUUCCCACCCUCACUGACAGUUCUCUAGGGGACAUAUUUAACUACAGUAGGUUCCCACUCCCAUCCCCACUGACAGUUCUCUAGGGGACAUAUUUAACUACAGUAGGUUCCCACCCCCACUGACAGUUCUAGGGGACAUAUUUAACUACAGUAGGUUCCCACCCUCACUGACAGUUCUCUAGGGGACAUAUUGAACUACAGUAGGUUCCCACCCCCACCCCCACAGACAGUUCUCUAGGGGACAUAUUUAACUACAGUAGGUUCCCACUCCCACCCUCACUGACAGUUCUCUAGGGGACAUAUUUAACUACAGUAGGUUCCCACUCCCACCCUCACUGACAGUUUUCUAGGGGACAUAUUUAACUACAGUAGGUUCCCACCCUCACUGACAGUUCUCUAGGGGACAUAGUUAACUACAGUAGGUUCCCACUCCCACCCUCACUGACAGUUCUCUAGGGGACAUAUUUAACUACAGUAGGUUCCCACCCCCACUGACAGUUCUCUAGGGGACAUAUUUAACUACAGUAGGUUCCCACUCCCACCCUCACUGACAGUUCUCUAGGGGACAUAUUUAACUACAGUAGGUUCCCACCCUCACUGACAGUUCUUUAGGGGACAUAUUUAACUACAGUAGGUUCCCACCCCCACUGACAGUUCUCUAGGGGACAUAUUUAACUACAGUAGGUUCCCACUCCCACCCUCACUGACAGUUCUCUAGGGGACAUAUUUAACUACAGUAGGUUCCCACUCCCACCCUCACUGACAGUUCUCUUGGGGACAUAUUUAACUACAGUAGGUUCCCACUCCCACCCCCACUGACAGUUCUCUAGGGGACAUAUUUAACUACAGUAGGUUCCCACCCCCACUGACAGUUCUAGAGGACAUAUUUAACUACAGUAGGUUCCCACCCCCACUGACAGUUCUCUAGGGGACAUAUUUAACUACAGUAGGUUCCCACUCCCACCAACGACAAGGUAACUGGCAUCCAGAUGUGACUUAGCACGUCAAAUUGAAUGGUCACUGUACCAAACCUACAUGUUUAUAGACAAAGACCAGAGUUCCAUGUUUUUAUGGUUGUUGUUUUUUUUACAAACUGUGUUGUGAGUAUUACGUGAUCACAGUAUAAUGUAAUACCACAGCUAAAUGUGACUUGUACAGGCAUGUAGUAUCAGGAUGGAACCUAGUGAUUUGAAGUAUCUGAAGAAGGAAUCUGAUGGACUCAAAUCUGUGACCGUUUUUAAGGCUAUGUUGUCUAGUGCAGAGAACUCUAACUCAAUUGUGUAAUCAGGUCCUCAUAAAAGUUGUAUGUAUGGGACAUACAUGUUUGACCUGAACACCUAGCCCCCAUCCCUUCUGUGUUAACAGAUCUGAAGGAGCCGUAUAAACGUAAGCAAUAAUGGUGAUGGCACCAUCUAGCCUUUUCAAUGGGCUUUGGGGAGCUUCUGCCAUAUUGUUUACACCUAUCCGGUUUCAUGGGAUCUGUAAACAACGAGGGACUUGGAGCUGCUUUCAGUCUACUCAUUGUAUUUCAUUUGGUAUAAUGGAACGUAAAACUACAAUUUCCCAAGACUCAGUCCUCCCCUUUAGUCAUGUCCUGGGUAUUUUGUCACCUCCAGCUAGUAGCUACAGUAUCUGAUCCCUAGUUUUGUUAAAUACAUACACAGGUUACAACACGUACAUGCGUGUUAAAUUGGCAUGUUGACAGGUGAUUGUAAGUGUUAAUAUGUAAUAACUAAGUAAUACAUGUAACUGUUGAAACCAACUUUUCCCUCAGUCAGUCCAAUGUUAAGGUUCUCAACAUUAGCAGUGUCACAGCACAUUAAUUUAAUUUUUUACCUUUAUUUAACUAGGCAAGUCAGUUAAGAACAAAUUCUUAUUUUCAAUGACGGCCUAGGAACAGUGGGUUAACUGCCUGUUCAAGGGCAGAACGACAGAUUUGUACAUUGUCAGCUCGGGGGUUGAACUUGCAACCUUCCCAGUUACUAGCUUUGUAACCAUAAGUAAGUGAACAGAAAAUGUAAAACUGGCGCAUUGAGUCAAUGACACUUCAUGUGCUUGGGGUAAAUGUCCUUGAUAGAAAACAGAAAUAUUCAGUAUGAAUGGCCUCCCGUGUGGCUCAGCAGCCUAAGGCACUGCAUCGCAGUGCUAGAGGCGUCACUACAGGCUGUAAUCAGGAGUCCCAUAGGGUGGCACGCAAUUGGCCCAGCGUCAUCCAGGUU